ACAGAGAAGAACAAACUGUCUUCGUCUGCCUCUCUUUGUGCUCGACAUCUCUCUCAUCAUUCUCUCAACCAUGGCAGGAGCUUUAUCUUGCUCUGCGACCGAUCUUGCGGUCUUGCUAGGUCCUAAUGCUACGCUUGCGGCUGACUACAUCUGUGGCCAACUUGGCUCUGUUAACAACAAAUUCACCGACGUCGCUUUCGCCGUGGACAACACGUACCUUCUCUUCUCAGCUUACCUUGUCUUCUCUAUGCAACUCGGUUUUGCUAUGCUCUGCGCUGGUUCGGUCAGAGCCAAGAACACGAUGAACAUCAUGCUUACCAACGUCCUCGACGCUGCAGCUGGAGGUCUCUUCUACUAUCUAUUUGGUUUCGCCUUUGCCUUUGGAUCUCCUUCAAAUGGAUUCAUCGGAAAACAUAACUUUGGUCUCAAAGACUUUCCUUCAGCCUCCGCUGACUACUCUAAUUUUCUAUACCAAUGGGCUUUUGCUAUAGCCGCCGCCGGGAUAACCAGCGGUUCCAUCGCUGAACGGACUCAGUUUGUUGCGUACCUGAUCUAUUCAUCUUUCUUAACAGGGUUUGUUUACCCGGUUGUUUCUCAUUGGUUCUGGUCAGUUGAUGGGUGGGCUAGUCCUUUUAGGACGGACGGGGAUUUACUUUUCAGCACCGGAGCAAUCGAUUUCGCUGGCUCUGGUGUUGUCCAUAUGGUUGGAGGUAUUGCUGGACUAUGGGGUGCGUUGAUCGAAGGUCCUCGACUUGGCCGUUUCGAUAACGGUGGACGAGCUAUCGCUCUACGUGGCCACUCGGCGUCACUUGUUGUCCUUGGAACGUUCCUUCUCUGGUUUGGAUGGUAUGGUUUCAACCCUGGUUCCUUCAACAAGAUCCUCGUCACAUAUGAAUCAGGCACGAUCAACGGUCAAUGGAGUGCUGUGGGAAGGACAGCUGUCACGACCACACUAGCUGGCUGCACGGCGGCGCUAACAACUCUCUUCGGGAAACGUCUUCUCUCAGGCCAUUGGAACGUCAGCGACGUAUGUAACGGCCUCCUUGGAGGGUUUGCUGCUAUAACUGGGGGAUGCUCCGUUGUAGAGCCGUGGGCAGCAAUCAUAUGCGGUUUCGUGGCAGCUCUCGUCCUCAUCGGAUGCAACAAGCUCGCAGAGAAACUCAAAUAUGACGACCCGCUCGAAGCAGCACAGUUACACGGUGGGUGCGGAGCGUGGGGUCUAAUAUUUACCGCACUUUUCGCUAGAGAAAAGUACUUGAACCAGAUAUACGGCGACAAGCCCGGAAGGCCGCAUGGUUUGUUCAUGGGCGGUGGAGGGAAACUACUUGGAGCUCAGCUGAUUCAAAUACUUGUGAUCACGGGUUGGGUGAGUGCGACCAUGGGAACACUUUUCUUCAUCCUCAAGAAAAUGAAACUGUUGCGGAUAUCAGCGGAGGAUGAGAUGGCUGGCAUGGAUAUGACCCGGCAUGGUGGCUUUGCGUAUAUGUACUAUGAUGAUGAUGAGUCUCACAAAGCCAUCCAGCUAAGGAAAGUUGAGCCUAGAUCUCCUUCACCUUCCGGUGCUCCUACGACCUCUGUUUAAUUUAAAUAAUUUAUAUUAAUGGGUGAUAUGAUAUGUAAUAUAUUUGUUUCGGAUGCAUUUGCAUUGCUAUAAUGUUGUUGUACAAUUUUAUGGGUUUUGAUGGUUAUUAACUUAUAUC